GAGUUACCAAAGAUCGAAAGUAGACUCGUCCCAUAUUGACAGUCCUAAUUGAAAGUGGGCAGUGAUUGACAACCAAGUAAACAACAUGGAUUCUUUUGAUUUUUUGCCUGAAAGUUUUUAUAAUGAGAUGAUAUGUUUAUUUGACUGAUUUAUGGCUAUUUAUAAAUGGUUUAAUCGUUAAGUGUUCACAGCCGCAGUUUACAAAGCCACAUGAAAUAAAGUUUAUAAACUUAAGUUUAACAAAUCAGAGUCCGACGGUUAACCUAGUUCAUAGAUAUGUCAGUAGGUAAAACCUAACACAAAAGCAAAAUAAAAACAUUGAAAUCUAGAGAGAUGGGAUCAGGACCAAGUAAGGAGAAGACGCCGCUUCAAAAUGUUCCGCCGAGAAAGCCUGAUAAUGUGUCGAAAGGAAAUAAACAGUUUAAAACAGAAGAGGUAACUUCAGUUCAGAAUAAUAACAAAACAAAUAUUAAUUCCAAGAUAGAUGUGGUGGAAAGUAAGAACAAUAAAUCUGAAACUAUUAAAUCCAAUACAAACAACACAAUUAAGGUUGGGAAUGGGAAGUCAGAAGAAUCACAGGUUCGAAAAUCAGAGCCUAUCACAUCAAAAGACUCUAAAAAAUCUUUGACUAAAAAGGAUUUAGGAAAGUUUGAGAGUGAUUCAGAAUCAGAGGCUGAGGAUAUUGAUGCUGUUUUGGCAGCAACAAAGAACCAGUAUAAUCAGCGUGUGCAGCAACGAACAAUUCAACCCAACGACGACGGACAUUAUCCGGAAACGUACGCACAGCGAUUACAACGGGAGCAGUACAAACAUCAGCCUGAGGGACUUCUUAGACAGAAGACUAUUUAUAGGAAUCCUCAAGAAUGGGAAAUUGAAGAGAAUAAAGUGGAGUCAUUUGAUGUGUCGCGGUUCAAGCAGGCCAAUGUGCUGAAGAAUCCUCAACCAAUGCAGUCUAACACAGAUGACAUCUUUUCUCCACCAGAUGUUCCAAGUAAUGGACACCCACCCAGGGAAGAUUUUAGUUAUAGGCUGGAGAAAAAGAAGUCGUUGCCACACUACGAUACAACAGAAGAGGCCUUACUUGCAGAGAUAGAGAAAGAGUACGACCUGUAACUCUACACACAUGAACACAUUUCUACAUGUACAAAGGACCUACAUGUUGUGUCAUUUAUUUAUUUUUUAUUUAACCUUCAUCAAUCAAUAGUGAAGCAGCCUUGGCCCCCUCAUUUUUUGAAAAAAAAAAGUGGUAAACUUUUCCAAAAAGUGAAAUAAGCAAACGUUUUAAAAUUGUGAAAACAAAAUAAUUUGUGAAAAUUUUUGACGGGGACUUCUUGAAAUGUUUAGUCGCAAACUUCUCAAAUUUGUGAAAAACAGCCAUUCCUUAACAAGAAAAAAGCGCUUCUGAGACAUGAACCCCAUCAAGUUAAAUCACACAUAAAUCUGUGUCUCCUACCACAUUAUAAUGUUUCUCCUCCUGCAUCCGCCAAAUAAAGCUCCACUAUUUGUGCCUUAUUUUCAAACAUUGGCUUCUGUGUUAUUAACUGAAUUUAUUACAGUUUAUUAAGGUUUUUAUUCAAAAUAUUUAAUUUCUCCUUUAGAAAAGCUUGAUUUAUGGCAAACAUAGGCAAUUUCAUUCACUCAUUUCAUGUUCGAGCGAUCUAUUUAAACAGUAAAACUAUUGAACAAGAUUGGUCACCAAGUACUUUGUCUAUCAUUUGUUUGUUGACGUUUUGAAAAUUGUAAGGAAAAUAGAGGAUGUAAAGAUGUGCCUUUUUAAAUACAUAUUUGUUGUCUCAGGCCCUAUAUUGACAAAUUUACUAUGGUCUCAUUUUCUUGAAUAUUAUUGAGUGUGUUAACCCUUUCCCACAUAAGAAGCAAAGUGAAAAUGGCUUUUGCAACCAGCAUAAAACCAGAACAGCCUGUGAGUAACUGGCAGUCUGUUCAGGUUUAUCCUGUUUGCUGCUCAUCAGUAUCUAAGGGUUAGAAAUGAAGCCUUGAUAAUAAACUUGAAUAUAGUAAGAAAAGUUUUUAAUUAAAUUUAACUUUCUAAGGGAAAACCAAUGUGUUGAAAUACGUAUCUUAUUGGUAUUGAGGUUUAAAGGGAUCUUUUCACGCUUUGGUAAAUUGACAAAAUUGAAAAAAGUUGUUUCAGAUUCGCAAAUUUUCGUUUUAGUUAUGAUAUUUGUGAGGAAACAGUAAUACUGAACAUUUACCAUGGUCUAAUAUACCCAUUAUAUGCAUCUUUUGACGAUUUUAAAACCUAAAAAUUAUAAAGCGUUGCAACGCGAAACGAUUGAAUAAUUUGGAGAGUUCUGUUUUUGUCGUUAAAUUUUGUGAAACUACGAAGAUUGCUUAUAUAAGGUAUAAAAUAUAUCAAGAUUGUGUAAUCGGCGGAAUAGCUCAGUAGGCUAAAGCGUU